AUGGACAUCGCCUUAGACAACUAUUUGCAGCCCCUGGAGAGGCUGCCGAUCGAGAUGCUCCUCCGCAUCACACGGCACCUCUCGACCACCGACCUCUGCACCGUCCGCCUGGUCUCACGCACCAUCGAGCGCGCCCUUUUCCACUCCUUCAGCCACGAAUUCUUCCGCCGCAAGCAAUUCAUGCUCACGGACUUCAGUCUGCAGGCACUCCUGGACAUUUCCCAGCACCCGACUCUGAGCCAAACGUUGCAGCAUGUCUCCUUUGGCCUUGACAGGUUCCCGAACAAGCUCAUCGAGAAAUUUGAGUCGGAAGAAAAGACAGUCUUGUUCCAGAUUGCCCUGGGCCAGCAAAUGUCUCUGACGUGCACCGGCCGGGGCGUGGACAUGCUGGCGGCGGCUUUCGCCAACCUACCGAAUCUCCAGACCGUCGACAUACGCGACUUUGACUCGCGCACGCGCUUCCGCGACGGGCCCUCGCGGGCCUGGCACAGCUACGGCUAUGCCACGGUUGGCAAAGAGGUGGGCGAGGGAUGGUUACGGCACGAUGUCACCUUUGCUUCGGAGACGUUUUCGAUCAUCUUAGCCGCCCUCGCCAAAGCCAAUGCUGUGGCCGGCGUGCGGCCAUCAAACCUCCAAGUGAUGCUGCGUGCGCGCCGUUUUGGCCUGACAGCGCGAGCCUUUGAUCUGACCGUAGCACCGGGCACCAAUCCCGCGCCAAUGCUAGCCGUUGUGUCGGGAUUGAAGCAGCUGCAACUAGACGUCAACUUCCACACGGAUCCGAAUUUCAACCAUAUGCUAGCGUUCUUAGCUGGGGGAACACGGCACCAGCAUGUUAGCAUCGCCAGUCUACCCUUCCACGCGUUUUUGGCACAGGCCAUCAACGUCGAGUGGCUGCGCCUCAACCUGCAAAACUGCAAGAUGCGCCGUGCCGACGUCUUUAUUUCCUAUCUAGGCAAACCGUUGCCAGAUUGGUAUCCAUUUCUAACGUCUCCGUCUUCAUCGUCUUCGUCGUCUUCAUUGUUCUCCCCGACCCCCUCUCCGUCCGUCACCCUCCCACCAGGGCUGCGGCGCCUCGAACUAGGCCACAGCGAGUUGUCCGUACCACACUUGCUCCGCCUGCUCCGCCGCAUACGGCUGCUCAACUCACUGUCCCUGUGGAACAUUGCACUUGGCGACCCCGACAACACGACCUACCCGGCAGCCAUCUGGACGGGCUUCCUGGAAGAACUGGCUCUCGACCCACUGGCCAACAGGCUCCGCGAAAUCUCCAUUGACAACCCACGUCAGUUGUCCAGUGUCAACGUGUCCUUCUCGGACCCUGUCCUCUUUGACGGGGCCACGUCGUGCAAGCACAACGCCGGGCAGGCCGAGCCUAUGAGAGCGUUCCUUUUGAAACUCGCAAAGACUGCCAAGGUGGAAAUUCCUCCCGCAGACAGCGAUGAUGAAGACGAAGAGGGCGACUCUGAAGAUGAGGAGGAAGAAGACGAAGAAAAUGAUGAUGGGGCGAACCAUAUUGACGACAAUGACAACGACGACGAUAACAACGACAGCGACGAUGACUGA